UCAGCACACCCACAAUAGUGCGCUGUGCAACUAUUAGACAAAGAAGCAAAAAGAAAAGUGAAAGACUGAGCCUUCUCAAUAACCCCACCUCUACCAGGAAAUGAUGUCUUGUGGGUUUUCCACACCCAAGGCUAUUAACUUCAGCGCAGUUUUGCAGUUUCUUCCCAGAGCCACCAGCAGAGCCUGGGUCCCUCCCUCUAGUCAGCGAGCCCUACCUGAGAUGCUGCCCUUUGUGCCUGUCCAUCUGCUGUCCAGACACCAGCUCAGAGACCCUCAGAGAUGUGAGAACCUGAGGCUACCAGAGACUGCUUCCUAAGAGAAGAGAAAGUAGCAUCUCUUCUCUGUCAAGACACCCUGCCAUUCUGAAAGUGGAAAAAGCAAGGACACUCUCCUGGACGUCAUGGCAACAGAAACAUCCCAAAUCUGCAAAGAAAAUCGCACAACUAAUGGCGAUACCUCUAAUUCUGCUGUGGACGAAAUGAGCAUGCCUUUGGUGCCACCAAAGCUGCUGGACAUCCAGGCAGUGGAAGAAUAUGAGGCUGGUGUUGGUUUGCAAAGUGGCAAGGAUGACGUUCUUCUGUGGGAAGAUGUCAAAUGGACUCUACAAGAAGAUAUGCAUCUGUCAGCUGGAGAAAGAACAUUUUUGGAAAAAUUUCACCUACUGAAAUGUGACCUGGAAGUGUGUAUCAGCAAGCUCCAUGCCCUUGCAGACCAUAUGGAUACAACCCACGAAACAUUCACCAAAACUAAUGUAGUGGUCAGUUCCAUUGCAGUGGUCUCUGGCGUCAUGAGCAUCCUGGGUUUAGCCCUAUGUCCGGCAACAUUAGGAGGAAGCCUGGUGCUUUCUGCUGCUGGUAACGGUCUGGGGUUAGCAGCCGGAGCCACUAGAGCCUUGACCGGCAUUUGUAAGCACCUUCAUAAUAAGAAAGCCCAAGCUCAGGCCAGCAGCCUAGUUCUCAUCCAUGGCCAAGGGAACGGGGAGGCUAUAGGAAGGGAGGCAUUGAAUGCCUUGGCUGUUUGCAAGGUUCUCUAUCAAUGUAGAAACGGCAUCAAGGAUAUCAAGAAGAACAUCAAUGCCUUUAAGACAGCCAAGGCCCACCCUCGCUUGGCCGCUGCUGCCAAGCAGUUCCUGACCAGUGACCGAGUCUCAGCCCAAAGUAGCAGGCAGGUGCAAAGAGCCUUUGAGAGCACGACACUGGCGAUGACCAAAAGUGCCCGUCUGCUGGGCGCUGCAACAGCUGGUUUAUUCCUCAGCGUUAACUUAGCUACCCUUUUGAAGGACUGGAAGCAAAUGAAGGAGGGAGAAAGAACAGAGGCUGCUAAGGAGCUGAGGGCCCAAGCUCAAGAUCUGGAAGAGGUGUUGACAGAACUCACCCAGCUUUACGAGAGCCUGCGGCAGAAGGAAUUGUUGCAAGAAAAAAGCCUUCUGAACUCUACUUUUGAGGGAGCCAUGUGGGAUCUGCCUCAGUCCCCAGUCUGGCCUGGAGAAGAAGGAUGCCAGAUUCCAGCGGGAAGGGGAGAGGCCCAGGAGCCCCUCUGCGGCCGUCCCACAGCCCAAGUUCUUGGAGCAACUUCAUGACAUCAGAACAUGUAGAAACUCUCUUGGCUCACCAGUGCACCUAUUUCAAUUUUUUUUCCUUUUAUGAUAUGCUUUAGUUGCUAUUUUAAAAGUAGUGCAUGCACAUUAAAUAUAAUUUUUGAAUAAUUCAAGAAAUUAAAAAAUAGGGCUGCAGCAGUACAUCAACAGGGAACUGCCAGAAAUUCAAACUGAAUUCAGAAGAGAACAUGAAACCAGGGAUAUCAGUGCUGAUGUCAGGUGGAUCUUGGCUGAAAGCAAAGAAUACCAGAGAGAUGUGUACCUGUGUUUUAUUGACUAUGCAAAGACAUUUGGCUGUGUGGAUCAUAACAAAUUAUGGAUAACGUUGUAAAGAACCGAGAAUUCCAGAACACUUCAUUUGACUCACGAGGAACCUGUAUUUAGACCAGGAGGCAGUUGUUCAAACAGAACAAAGGGGUACUGCAUGGUUUAAAAUCAGGAAAGGUGUGCAUCAGGGUUGUAAUCUUUCACCAAACUUAUUCACCUGUAUGCUGAGCAAAUAAUCCAAGAAGCUAGACUAUAUGAAGAAGAACGAGGCAUCCGGAUUGGAGGAAGAGCCAUUAACAGCCUGUGUUAUGCAGAUGACACAACCUCGCUCGCUGAAAGUAAAGAGGCCUUGAAGCGCUUACCGAUGAAGAUCAAAGACUACAAAGACCACAAAGACCACAGCCUUCAGUAUGGAUUCCACCUCAGCAUAAAGAAAACAAAAGUCCUCACAACUGGACCGAUAAGCAACAUCAUGAUAAAUGGAGAAAAGAUGGAGGUUCUCAAAGAUUUCAUUUUACUUGGAUCCACAAUCAACACCCAUGGAAGUAGCAGUCAAGAAAUCAAACAAUGCAUUGUAUUGGGCAAAUCUGCUCCAAAAGACCUCUUUAAAGUCUUGAAAAGCAAAGAUGUCACCUUGAAGACUAAGGUGCGUCUGACCCAAGACGUGGGUCAUGUGCAUGAGAAAGCUGGAAAAUGAAUAAGGAAGAUUGGAGAAGGAUUGAUGCCUUUGAAUCAUGGUGUUGGCGAAGAAUAUUGAAUAUACCGCGGACUGUCAAAAGAGUGAACAAAUCCGUCUUGGAAGAAGUACAGCCAGAAUGCUCCUUAGAAGCAAGAAUGGCAAGACUCUGUCUCACAUACUUUGGACAUAUUAUCAGGAGGGAUCAGUCCCUGGAGAAGGACAUCAUGCUUGGUAAAUAGAGGGUGAGCGAAAAAGAGGAAGACCCUUAAUGAGAUGGAUUGACACAGUGGCUGCAACAAUGGGCUCAAGCAUGACAAUGAUUGUGAGGAUGGCGCAGGACCGGCAGGGUUUUGCUCUAUUAUACAUGAAGUCCCUAUGAGUCGGAGUUGACUCAAUGGCAACUGUUUUUUUUUUUUUUUUUUUGCAGUUGGCCUCAG